UACUUUUAUCAGAGCAACUUAUUGUUAAUUAGAAAAAUGCCAUUUCCUAUCUUGACUUUGGAAAAAAGACAAAAGUGAACAAUGUCCAAAAACCAAGCAAGGUCUCGAAAUUCAAACGUUGUUUUUACUUGUCGUUAGUAAUGAGUUCUUAUGAAUACUUUGUAUUUUUGCUUUGCCAGAAGUUACACUGAUGAGCCUAUACUAAAAUCUGCACGUGAUCACUCAAUAUCUUAUUUCGACAGUAUUUUACCAUGAGAGAGAGAGAGACCGAAACUUCUGACACAAAUUGAUCAAGAUCUUAAUUAGAAGCGUUAAAAGAACGUAUUUCAAGAUUUCAUCAAGACUUUUCAAUGGUUUUAUUUGGAAUUUCCCAAGAUGCAUCUGUUUUUCAUCCGGCAGACUUGGAGGUAGGUGUGGAUGAAGAGAAGUCUCACAUUUAGCAACGUCUGCCCACAUUGACACCAUAAAACUUUGUUUAUACUAUUGGCUACAUUUUUUCAUUUGAGAUUUGCGCAGAGGAAAGGAAAUGAUAUUGAUUGAGACUGUCCAGUAUCUGAGAUAUAAAGAGUCUAUAUGCUUACCAAAAUAAAUAGUCUAUUUCUGUAGCUAGUCAAUGAAAAUUCCAACAAAUAAGAUUUGUACUUUCAGACUCUGAAUAGUUCUUUUUUCUAUUGUAGAAUAUUCUCACGUGCCUGCUGUCUACUCUGUUGUGCUCUAGGUAUGGCAAUAGUGUUGAGUCUUAUCGCUUUUGCUGUUGUUUAUUCAAUGCAAAGUGAGUUCAUUCCUCUCAUUUUUUCUUUGCAUUAAACAAAUGCGUAUUACUUCAUAGAGUCAACACGAACAAGUAAGUAAAAAACAAAGUUUUUUUGUUUAUUUUCUAAGUGUGCAAAUUGCCACUACUCAUAUUUUUCAGCAACUACGGUGGUGCAUGUAGUUAUCUAAACAUGUAAUUAUCUUGUUUGCAGAACUGUAUUCCGAUAUUUCUCCAUUCUUGUUUUGUGAAACACAAUUGUUAAUGUGUAUUGAAGUGUGAAUCGAAAAAAUUGAACACCUUCCGACCUCCAUCGUUUGUAGAUAUGUCUUAUCACUCAUAUGACCAGAUCUUGGAUAUUUUUGUUUUAAUUUUAGUUGAAUUUCAAUCUUCAUUUAGUUUUUAGACUUUUGGACCUGAAUAUCAAAUAAUGAAAACAUUGAAAAAUCUGAAAGAUAUCCAAAAAAGAGUGUAUCAUUUUUUAAGUUUUCUCUUUCUCUCUCGUAUGUAAACCGACACAAAUAUACUUACACAUUGUUCUCAAUGCCGCUCAGAACACAAUAGAACAUAAUCUUUUGCAACGAAAGAGGUAUUCCUAGAAGGCUUUUCUGUAGAAUAAAAAUAGUUUAGUUAUCCUUCGCAUUUUAAUUCUGUAAGGAUAUUGGGUCGGACGCUUUUUGUUUUUAUUAUCGCAGCAAGCACAACAGAAACAACGUUUACAACAACCAGUUCUACGUCAGCCACGUCGUCGACAACCACGACGUCAACAACUACGACAUCGACAACUACGACGUCGACAACUACGGCGUCAACAACUACGACGUCAACAACCACGACGUCUACAACUACGACGUCCACAACUACGACGUCGACAACCACGACGUCGACAUCAACAACGUCUACAACAACCAAAACUACUACAACAAAGACAACAACAUCAACAACACCAACAACCAGUACUACUACAAGUAAGCCAUUUCUCUGUUGAUUCACUCUUCUCAUGUUCAAGUUUGCCCACGUCAAUAUUCUCUAUCAUUAAUGGUGCCGGCACGUCAACAACCUAUCAAUUGUACACAAAUACAUUCACGCCAACAAGUAAUGUGACCACGAUCACAUUUGCCUUUCAAGUCGAUGAUAAUCCUGGCAUUUGGGAUUUUGAUGAUGUAUCAUUGAAGCAAUCAUCCGGUAUCGAAUUGAUGCAAAAUGGAGAUUUUGAAUCAGGAUCAAUUUCGCCAUCAUGGAUACCUUCUUGUACAGCCCAAUGUACAGGCAUCAGCGGUCAAGGAUCUGGUGGUGGGCCUGGCUCCAUCAGCACGGUGUAUCCUCAUGGUGGCACUUACAACUAUCGUGACCGUUGUAAUCCAGAGCCGAAAUUUGACUAUCUCAGUCAAACUAUAAGUCCAAUUGUUCCCAAUCAACUAUGUACCUUAAAAUACUAUCUCGCUCUAACUUACGUUUCAGGAAAAACGCACAACAACUUUUAUGUUAUUAUUAGUUGA